AUGGCUCCGUCUUUGUGUAUAAAAUGUCAGAAGGAAAGGGCUGUGAUCAUCCGCCCGAAGAACCGCCACAAGCUCUGCCGCGAAUGUUUCCUCUCCGUAUUCGAAACCGAAGUCCACGAAACCAUCACCCAAAAUUCCCUCUUCCAGCCCGGCGAGCGCAUCGCCAUCGGUGCGAGCGGCGGAAAAGACAGCACCGUGCUGGCGUCGGUGCUCAAGACGCUUAACGAACGAUACAACUACGAACUAGACCUCUGCCUCCUCUCCAUCGACGAAGGAAUUCGCGGUUACCGCGAUGACUCCCUUGAAACGGUCAAGCGCAAUGCCGUCCAGUAUAGUAUGCCCCUCGUGAUCGUGGGCUACGGCGAGCUAUAUGGGUGGACGAUGGACCAAGUCGUCGAGCAGAUCGGAAAGAAGGGCAACUGCACAUAUUGUGGUGUGUUCCGUCGGCAGGCGCUGGACCGGGGCGCGGAGAGGCUGGGGAUCAAACAUGUCGUGACGGGACACAAUGCGGACGAUGUGGCGGAGACAGUGAUGAUGAACCUGCUCCGUGGGGACCUGUCUCGGUUGUCAAGAGGUACGAGUAUUGUUACGGGCUCCGCGGCCUCGGAUAUCAAGCGCAGUAAGCCCCUGAAGUAUGCGUACGAGAAGGAGAUCGUGCUCUAUGCACACCACAAGCAGCUGGACUACUUUAGCACGGAGUGCAUCUACUCGCCCGAGGCGUUCCGCGGAAGUGCGCGCACGCUGAUCAAGGAUCUGGAGAAGAUCCGGCCGAGCUCGAUUCUGGACAUUGUGCGGAGUGGUGAGGAGAUGGCGGUGCUUGUGCCUAUGGCAAAUGGCGGCCAGCCGGCGGAGGAAGAGUCCGCCGUCGGUGGCUGUGGAAGCCAGAAUGGGAGGACGCGCGGGGGUGAAAUGGCGGAGAUGGAGAAGACGCUGGCGCAAAAUGAAGUCGCGGCGGUUUUGGAGACGGAGAUUAAAAUUCCCUCGCAGCAGAAUGGGGCAGUUCCGAUUCCUAAGAGGCAGACCAAGCAGCCCAAGAAGCAGGUGCUGGGCAAGUGCGAACGAUGCGGAUACAUUUCGAGCCAGAAAAUAUGCCAUGCUUGCACGCUCCUUGAGGGGCUGAACAAGAACAGGCCCAAGGCCGCUAUUGAGUUGGAGCUCGAUGCCGAGGAGGAAGAGAGUAGCACGACGCUGCGGAGACAGAUGGAGGAGGUUCAGCUGGCUGGAUGA